AUGCAGAGAUUCAACAUUCAACAGGCAUUGGAAAUGAUCCUGGAUGGAGCAAACCCUUGCGACUCGGAUGGAGAAGACAUCAACCUUCAGGUGGAUUCAGACUCCGAGCUGUCUCAGUCGUCUUCAGAGACUGCUCCCCAACCAAAAAAGAGAGCUCGGCUGGGGACUGAUGUGACAGAGACUGCGAAAGACGGCACAGUAUGGCAUGAAGAACAGGUGGGAACGGGUCCACAUUUCACCCCGCCAUCGCCAUACAACGCAGAUGGAGAGCCAACAGCUAAGGCCAGGAGGUCAAUCACAAGUCGUCUUCAGAGCUUCCUGUGUUUCAUCACUCUGGACAUGCUUGGUAUCAUUCAAGAAUGUACAGUUCAACAUGCAAAGCAAACGGAGCAUGUGGAUUGGUUCAUGGGCCUCCCUGAACUAAUGGCAUUUAUUUCCAUCACCAUUAUGCGGGGAAUCAUCAGGGUGCCAUCACUGCGUGACUGCUGGUCGAAAAACCUGGGAAGCCCACAGAUCAUCGAAACCAUGUCCCGAGGGCGUUUCCAAAACAUCAUGCAUCACCUGCGCUUUGAUGACAGAGACACCCGCAGCGAGCGAGCACAGACCGAUAAGUUUGCUGCAAUUUCGAACAUAUGGGGAUUGUUUGUCACCAACUGCAUCACAUCCUACAUCCCUGGUCGACACAUCACCAUCGACGAACAACUUUUCCCGUCCAAGACUCGCUGCUGUUUCCUACAGUACAUUGCAUCUAAACCAGACAAGUUUGGGAUCAAGUUUUGGGUGGCGUGUGACUUGAAAACCAAAUACAUCUGCAACAUCCUCCCAUACAGUGGUGCUUGA